UGCAUUAUGAAUGUAUCGAAGCUUACGGAUGAUCUAAACGAGACUUUAUCUCCGUAUUUGUAUGCAGACGGGAAGCUCGUACAAAUACCAGUGUACCCGAGGAAACCUAACGGGUAUAGUAUUCAGAAAGGUUCCUGGUUGUCGAGCAAGUUCAAACGUUAUUUCCUAGUGGACAACUUUCUUUCAACUGUGGCAAACAUUACAAGUACUGUGUACCUGCGAACUAUGGUGAUACAAUUACAAAUCGAACGUGACAAAACCACAGCAAGUUCUCUGAGAGUGCACAUUUCUGUGGAGGCAGUAUAUGCAUCGAAGUCUCUACUCUCAGAGACAGUUACCAUGACAUUGAGAGUGGUGCAUAUCAUGCCUGAUGCUGGCGUGCAUCGCGGUCUUGAGAUAUGGGGUGGUCUACUAGGCUGCCUCCUCAGCUUGUACGCGAUGGUGCAGUAUCGAGGAGUGGUGCGCCGAGGCGGGCUCUACGUGUCUGUGGUGCCUCUACUCUCAGGGGCACUGGCUGAUACCUUGUACUUUGCCGCAUGGAUAGCCACUCUCCACGCUUUGGCCGCGGAGGCCGGCACACUGGGGCUGACAUUACCGCUGUCACUGAGAGAAGAGCGCAUCAUCAGAGCUUUUAUAUAUUCAGCUGUUUCAUUAAAGGUUUUGAAGGUUGCGUGGUUGAAUUUCAAUCAAUGUAGAUGCGACGUGUUCUUUUUAGAUUGGUCGGAGUAUAAUGCACCAUUUAAAGGAGUAUCAGCAACUGAGAAGUACAACAGCUGGAGAGCUCAAACCCUGGCUAGAGAAUGGAGUGGACUGCAGACCAUGAGACGAGUCUCUCCAGGAUAUACUGUCACUCUAGCUCUAAUCAUAUUACAUGCUCUGUCACCCUGGCAAUCCUACCUGCCGCCUAGCCAAGGUUACAGAUGGGCUGUCGCAACUAUAGCCUGGUGGUCUUCCUACGUCAUACUGCUGUCAUCCCGGUUGGUGAGUGACAGGUUACAAGGGUCACCCACCGCUGGUCUUCCGAAGAUCUGCACCAGUGUGGGACUGUCACUGAUAGUGUUCGAAGAAGAUUAUUAUGCUCAUUAUGUUCAUGGGAGAAACGAUGACACAAAAGAUAUAAGAUCAAUGGCGGGGCCCUUGGCAACGUGUCGAGUAGUUUGCGCUCCACAACUCAGGACUGUGUACAAACAAUUAUCGCUCUCAUUACCAGGUUUGGGAGAGACCGAAACUCGUCAAUCACUAUUAUCGAGAUUCUUGGCCGCUUUUUUUGAGAGGGCUCUUGAUGGUCUCAGCUGGGUUGCCAGCGAGCGCACUGUUCUUGAACGUCUGUUGAAUGUGGAGCUGAAUACCAGAGAAGCUGGCAAUACUAGCACUUUGCUGUACGACCCUGAUGAUAGCACACCUUCAUGUUUUGCUGUUACUUGGUGGGGAGAAGAAUGGAGUCUAGCAACGUAUGACGCCAUGCUGUUUAGUGCUGUGUUCAUGGCUACAAAUGAUCCCCUAGUCGCUGCGCUAACGACUCUUGUAUCGUGGCAGAUUAUGAUGCACACUCGAAAAUGGUUUGGAAAUAGGAAUCAGAGAGAAAAAACUGAAAUAGACUUUUAGAAACAAUAUAACCACAUA